AUGUCAGCUAAUAUCAGUGCGCAAGUUCGCAGGGCUACUUCCGGGGUGGACAGUGUCGUCACAGACUAUGUUACCGGAUAUUUCAAUCACUUGUCGAAUGCGACGUUCGAUGCAGUGCUGGCGAAGCGCCUGGACCUCGAGCAGGAGAUCUUCUUUAUAACAGAGCUGCUGAUAGAUGCCGGAGCAGAUAAAGAGAAAAUCUCCAAGCUUGUUACAGAGGUUAAAGCCCAAUUGCUUGAACAGUUGAAGCAGAACGAGGCGAAAGUGGAGCUUACCGGAGAUACUUCAAAGCGGUUGCUGGAUAUCAAUGUGCUUCAAAAUCACAACAGCAAGACGAAUAUCAACUCUUCACUUGCCAUGCUAGGUGUUACAGGUGAUAUAGAACAUACCGGCAGAAAGAUGGAAACCAGAGUCGACCUGAAGAAACUGAAGAAGGCCGAAGAGAAGAUCGCGAAGAAGGUUGCAAAGAGAAACAACAAGUUUGUUAAAUAUGAGGCGUCGAAGUUGAUUAAUGGCGCGAAGGAAGAGGACUACGAUUCUUUCUACAUGAAGAUUAACCCGUUGGACUUUGGUUCAGGUGCAGGCAAGUCGAAGGAUAUCAAGAUUGAUACAUUUGAUCUAUACGUGGGCGAUGGCCAGCGUAUUCUGUCUGACGCUCAGCUAACACUAUCUUAUGGGCGUAGAUACGGUUUGGUUGGUCAGAAUGGUAUCGGUAAAUCUACACUACUGAGGGCGCUUUCUAGGAGAGAAUUGAAUGUUCCAAAGCACAUCUCCAUUCUUCAUGUUGAACAGGAACUGAGAGGUGACGAUACAAAGGUUUUACAGAGCGUGCUAGAUGCCGAUGUGUGGAGAAAGCAAUUAUUGAGCGAAGAACUCAAAAUUAAUGAAAGGCUACAAGACAUCGAUAAACUAAGGGCCGAAUUUGAUGAGGAUAGUCUGGAGGUCAAGAAGCUGGACAAUGAGCGCGAUGACUUAGAAUCGCACUUACAACAGAUCGCCGAAAAGUUAGCAGAUAUGGAAUCAGACAAAGCCGAGGCUAGAGCCGCCAGUAUAUUGUACGGUCUUGGUUUCAGCACAGAGGCUCAACAAAAACCCACAAACUCCUUCUCGGGUGGUUGGAGAAUGAGACUUUCGCUUGCAAGAGCAUUGUUUUGUCAGCCUGAUCUUCUGCUACUGGAUGAACCUUCCAAUAUGUUGGACGUGCCAUCUAUUGCUUAUUUGGCUGAGUAUUUGAAAACUUAUCCUGCGACAGUAUUGGUUGUUUCCCACGAUAGAUCAUUCCUGAAUGAAGUCGCCACUGAUAUAAUCUACCAGCAUAACGAAAGACUCGACUACUACAGAGGUCAAGAUUUCGAUUCCUUCUACGCAACCAAGGAGGAAAGACGUAAAAAUGCACAGAGGGAGUACGAUAACCAGAUGGCGUACAGGAAGCAUCUGCAAGAAUUUAUCGACAAGUAUAGGUAUAACGCGGCGAAGUCCCAGGAAGCCCAGUCUAGGAUCAAGAAACUUGAGAAAUUACCAGUGUUAGAACCACCAGAGGAGGAGAAGUCGAUCACUUUCAAGUUUGCUGAUUGCGAGAAACUAUCACCUCCAAUUAUUCAGUUGCAGGAUGUUUCCUUCGGUUACGACGAAAGCCAACUGCUACUAAAGGAUGUGAAUCUGGAUGUGCAGAUGGAUUCUAGAAUCGCUUUGGUUGGUGCCAAUGGUUGUGGUAAGACUACUUUGUUGAAGGUUAUGAUGGAACAACUACGGCCAAUAACGGGUCACGUUUCUAGAAACCCUAGGUUGAGGAUCGGCUACUUUACACAACACCAUAUCGAUUCCAUGGAUCUGAAUGCUUCUGCGGUGGAUUGGAUGUCAAAAACGUUCCCAGGUAAGACAGAUGAAGAGUAUAGACGUCAUCUCGGUGCAUUUGGUAUAACUGGUUCGCUUGGCUUGCAAAAGAUGCAAUUGCUUUCGGGAGGUCAAAAAUCCAGAGUUGCAUUUGCCGCGUUAUGUUUGAACAGUCCGCAUAUUUUAAUUCUUGACGAACCGUCGAAUCACUUGGAUACAGCUGGUUUGGAUGCUCUUGUUCAAGCUCUAAAGAACUUCUCUGGUGGUGUUUUAAUGGUUUCGCAUGAUAUUUCUGUGAUUGACAGCGUCUGUGAUGAAAUAUGGGUUUCUGAGUCAGGUACGGUGAAGAGGUUUGACGGUAACAUUCAUGAUUACAAGAAAUACAUUCUAGAAGCAGCGGAUGCUGCCGGUGUUGUUAAAAGACACUAA